AUGUCACAAUUGUCCGACAUUGUGUCUGCACAAAAGAACUUGGAGGAGUGCUUCAUGAAGAAAAUGAAUGAUUUGGAAACUCAAAUUCAAAGUGCAGGUACGGGCAAGGAAACGGUGACUAGGGUGGCUGAGGAAUUCCGGACCUUCAGAGAAUUGGUCUUUAGCAUGUUGGGGCUGCUGCGUAAACAGAUUAAUCAGUGUUCCAAUCAAUUAGAUGCCGUUGAAACAAGGCACCGCCACAAGGCUUUGAUUUUUCUGGGAGUAGCAGAGUCCGAAUCUGAGAAUUGCAAGGAGACAGUGUUUGGCAUUCUCAAGACUAAGAUGGGGCUCAAAGACAUUUCAAAAUCCUCUUUGUCAGUGUGUCAUAGGCUUGGAGCGUCUACUGGUCAUGAACAUCAUCGGCCUGUUUUAGUGAAAUUCUCAGAGUAUGAUGUUAAGUCCGCAGUCUGGAGGGCGAAAACGACUUUGAAGGGGACUAAUAUCUCGGUGAAGGAGUUCCUCACUAAAUAUAGGCAAGAGGUCUUCAAUAAUGCUCGGGUCCAUUUUGGUGUGCGGUCUUGUUGGACUCAGGACGGUGUCAUACACAUUAAAACCUCUGAUAAUGAGCGGCAUAAGGUUGUGAAGAGAGAUGACUUAAACAGCCUAAUAGCCAGGUUUCCAAGAGAGUCGUCAUCGGUUGGUAGCCGUCCGGGUCCUGCAAGAAGGAAUAAGUAA